AUGGACUCGGGUCUGAAGUGGUUCAGCUCCGCCCUCACAUUUUUGAUCACCGGAACCCCUACAAAGCUCGACGACGUCCGCGCCGCCAUCCAAGCAAGCACCCCGGAUGCCGUGAUUGUGGCAUUGAACGCCUGCCGCACCUCAGACAGCCCCUUCGCGGCCCCAAUCUCGCCACCUCAGUUCAUGGCAGACUGUAACGGCAGCGUGGUGGUUGCAAUGAAGGAAUUCAGCGUCCAGAAUCUGGUCAUCAUGCAGGCGUUCGCGGUUGGCGCCUCAUGGCCUCACAUGCCUUGCGUCAUGAGUGGGCUCAUGAGCAAAACCAAUAUGAGCUACCAGUAUGAUGAUCACAAUCAUACCGUCCAAGAGGUCCAGGCCAGUGGGUUUACGUGGGUUAUGGUACGGCCAACCCGGCUGGUCGAGACGGAUGAUAUGACUGUGCACGAGUGA